AUGGCGGACGUCUGGAAAUCGCAAGGUCGCAAAUUCUGCGAAAUUUGCAAGGUCUGGUUCGGAGAUAAUCGCGCUUCCAUCGAGUUCCAUGAGAGAGGUAAAAAGCACAAAGAUAACUUGGCCGCAAAGCUUCGCGAGCUUGGCAAGAAAAGUCGCGAGCAGGAGAAAAUGCAAGCUAAAAUGAGCAGUGCUUUGGCUGCAAUGGAAGCUGCAGCUCUCAAAGCAAUGCGAGAUAAUGGAGAAGGAAUACAACACGGACCUGCCUUGCCAGCAACUGGUCUAACUUCUAAAAUCUUUGAUCCCCGUCUAUUCAAAGAUGUUGGUGCGAUGGCCCGUGAAUUAGGUAGACGAAAAAAUGAAGCGCAAGAGUUGAAAAGAACUGCUCCUCCUCCCAUCCCUUCGGCUCCUACAAAAUAUUAUCGAAGAGAGGUAUCGGUCAAGGUAGAGUAUCCAGAAUUAAGUAUUCCUGUAAUGAAAGAAGAGGUAGAAGCCACCACCUCAUCUCCUGAUAAAGUUUGGGUAGAGGCCGACGCUGGUGAUGGAAGUGGAUCGAAAUAUUAUUUUCAUAUGUAUACUGGCGAAUCCAAGUGGGAACAACCUGAUUCUUUUUACACAGUAGAAGAGUACCAAAAAUACCUCACAUCCAUAGAGCAGUGUUCCGUGAAACCUGAGCUUCAAUCACCAGGAGAGGGCGAAUCUGCAACUAGUAAGAUUGUCGAUGAUGCACGAACCGAAACAGAACCUUCAGUUAAAUGCGAGGAUCUUGACACGUCUUCUGGUUUCCAUGUUGACUUGGGAAAUAUUCCUCUUCCUUCUGUCGGUACGUCUGAAGCUGAGUCAAUUGUCACUGUAAAGGAAGAGCCUCCGUCUGGACAUGUUGAAGAUGCUUCAGUUACUCAAUCCGAGGAUCACAGCGGAUCUGCAGAAGCAGCGCAUACUAGUCAGGAAGCCAUAGAAGUUUCAGAUGUGAUCAACGACAAUGAAGGUGAAGUUGAAAAAACACCAGUUGGGCCUUUCGGUAGUUGGACGAGAGUGAAAGAGGUCAACAAGAAGCCAGUUUUCUCGCCGUUAACCGCCAAAUUUCGUGCUGAAGAAGAGCGGCAACGAAAGAAGGAAGAAGAACGAGAAAAGACGGAACCCAAAGUAGAAUUUACUGAGAAAACGAGUGCUGUUCUCACUAAAAAGGUGAAGGGACCGAUAGAAUUUAAAAAGAGAACAGCUACAAAGAAUGUAAGGCAGAGGGCACAGUAA